UUCGCUCCCCUCGUUGCCCUAUCUGUUCAAAGCAGCUUGGUAGGAUAGGGCGGUGCCACCGAUGACUUAGGCGGCGGCGGCGGCUGAGUGGUCGGCGAGGAUGGCCGCUCGGGCGAGGAGGCGGAGCCGAUGACCCCGGCGGCGGCGGCGGAGGGGUCCCAGGGGCUGGAGGACAAACAUCUAAUGCGGUCGCGGCUUCUCGCCGUCAAGAGCUAGAUCGAGCGCACGGCGGUGGUAACCGUCCAGAGGAAGAGGAAGAGCAACCUGCACCAGUUCGGCGGCCGUAGCCGUCCAAGAGGCAGUUGACCGCCGAGGCAUCUCUAGUUCUCAUACAGCGCGGGUUUGACGGCCACUCCGGGACCGGUCGUCCCAGCGAUAGGUGGAGGAGUUCAGCUAAAGGAGCCGGAGUACAGAGCAACAGGCCAAACAACUGAUGAACUUGUGACCUCAGUGUUUACACAAGGGAAUAAACAACUCACAAGCUGGCUGAGUUUCUUAUACAUGCAUUUCUCCUAGGUGAUAGCUGCUGAUCGUAGGUAUGAAAAAAGAUAGCUGCUGUCAAGAACUCCAAUGGCAUUGACAUAGCCAAGUUGAUGAAGCACUCGGCAGAGAACCGCGGGAUCAAGGGCUCCCACGGAGCCGACGCCGUCGACCCGACCUCGCUGCUCACGGAAGAUUGCGACGUGCUCCUCCUGGCAGCUCUGGGAGGAGUGAUAAACAAGGACAAUGCUGAUGCCAUCAAAGCAGAGUACAUCAUCGAGGCUUCUAACCACCCAACAGACCCCGAGGCCGACGAGAUUCUGGCAAAGAAGGGCAUGCUGAUCCUACCGGACAUCCUGGCCAACUCCGGCGGAGUGGUGAGCUACUUCGAGUGGGUGCAGAACAUCCAGGGGUUCAUGUGGGACGAGGAGAAGGUGAAUCGGGAGCUCAAGACGUACAUGACCCGUGCCUCAAACAUAGUUCUGAUUAUUUAGCCAGUGUAUGGGGCCGUAUAGAAGGGACAAUAAUUAUGUAUAGUAUAUCUUCGAAAACCAGAAUUGGCUCAAUUUGAAAGAAUACCUGCUUUAUAUGAAUUUCUUGCCCGCUUUGCACGCAUGGCUACAAGUGCAUUACCAUGCCUCAGCCAUAAUCAUCCUUGACAAAUAUGGUAGUCACCUUUAGUAUGGAACAGAAGAAGCAUGCACAACCUAUUUUGCCAAUGAGCAAGUUUAGCAUCUGUUUGUACAUUGCUGAUCUUAUGCUGGUUCUUAUUGUUGUCCUAGCUGUUUAGUUAGUAAGCUGAACUCCUUUAGAGUAAAGCUAGCUGGGACAUCUGUUUCAGUAUUGUUACCCAACAGAGUUGGGGGCAGAUUUAUUACUUGGAAAUUUGUUAGCUCCAUGUAUUGCAUUAGUCUCGAUGCAACACAAGCUGCAAUGUACCAACUCUUGUUGACAUGUCUUUAUCAAAAAUG